AUGUCCCUCCAGCAGAGCCUCACUGACCUCCACGCCGCCUACAACACCUCCGCACCAGACGUCAAACAGCGUCUCGCAAAGCUCAAGCUCGAGCUUGCCCAGUCCGGCCUCUACUUUGCCCCGCCCACCGCCAACACCCAGGACCUCCUCGCAGCCCGCUCCAUCCUCGAGAUCGGUGCAUUUCAGUCUCUUCGUGAGGGCGAUCUCAAAUCCUACGCCCGCUACAACUUUGCCCUCCAACCGUUCUACGACAACCUCAGACAAGUCAUUCCCGAGUCGCCCAAUCGACCCGUCACCUUGGGUCUGCAUCUCCUGGGAUUGCUGAGCGAGAAUCUGUUGACAGAAUUCCACACCGUGCUGGAGACUCUGCAGCCAGAGCAGCUGAAUGACUCGUUUGUGAGAUUACCGGUGGACCUUGAGAGAUGGCUGAUGGAAGGCGCCUACAACAAGGUGUACCGUGCCAAAGACCGAGUCCCCAGACCAGAGUUUGAGUUCCUCCUCGAACGUCUCAUGGGUACCGUCCGCGGCCAAAUCGCAUCCACCAUCGAAUCCUCGUACCCCUCCCUUCCCCUCCAACACGCCGCCACCCUCCUCUUCUACAAGCCCACCGAGACUUCCUCCCUCACAGACUUUGCCGCCAACCGCGGCUGGUCCCUCUCCCCCGAGACCCAGACCUUUACCUUCCCCCGCUCGACCAAGCCCGAUAUCGCGCUCGUCGCCGCCGAGAGCAGCUCUGGCGUGUCGAGCUCGACUAUCGACAAGCUGAGGGGGUCGGGCGUCGUCAGGGGUGUACCGAUGGAGACGAUGGUGGGGCCGGCGUUAAAGUUGGCGCAGCAGUUGGAGGCUAUCGUGUAA